AUGGACCGCACUCACCUGAUCGAGCUCCACACCAGUGACCCAAGCAGCCACUCACUCUCAGGUCAUCACAGAAAUCAAGCUCGAAACAAGGGGAAAAUGGAAGCCGUUGCGGCCUCGGCGAAGCCCACACUCCGCGUGGCCGCUCUCAGCGGCUCCCUCCGCAACAACUCGUGGCAUCACGGCCUCAUCCGCGCCGCCGAGGAGCUGUGCGAGGAGUGCAUUCCAGGGCUGCGCAUCGACCACGUCGACAUCUCCGGCCUGCCCAUGGCCAACCCGGACCUCGAGACCGACGGUGGCGACGGUUUCCCGCCGGCCGUGGAGGCGUUCCGCGACAGGGUCAGCGCCGCGGACUGCUUCCUCUUCGCCUCGCCCGAGUACAACUACUCCGUCACCGGCUCGCUCAAGAACGCGCUGGACUGGGCAUCGAGGGGCACACACAAAUGCUGGGCUGACAAGGCAGCGGCGAUCAUCUGCGCGGGGGGCGACUUCGGCGGGGGCAGGGCGUCGCUCCACUUGCGCGAGAUCGGGAUAUACCUGGACCUGCACUUCAUCAACAAGCCGGAGCUCCACAUCAGGGCGUACGAGGACCCGCCCAAGUUCGACGACAAGGGGAACCUCAUCGACGCCCAAGCCAAGGACCGGCUCAGGAAGGUGCUCCUCUCGCUGCAGGCAUUCGCGCUCAGGCUCCAACGCAAAGAGAAUUGA